AUGGAAUCAUUGGCUUACGAUUCUUCUGUAGCUUCCCCUGGCAGCGUAUCAAGUCACACACAGCGUACCAAGCGUAUGCGUACCAGUUUCAAGCACCAUCAGUUACGCACUAUGAAGUCAUACUUCGCAAUCAACCAGAAUCCUGACGCUAAAGACUUAAAACAACUGGCUCAAAAAACAGGAUUAUCGAAGAGAGUUUUACAGGUGUGGUUUCAAAACGCACGAGCUAAAUGGCGUCGGAACAUAAUGAGACAAGAAUCCAAUCAACACGGACCGAUGACCCCAAAUGGUAAUCCAGGACAUUCCGGAAACGCGUCAUUAGUAACUGGGACGGUACCACCAAACAGCGUUACGGGUAGUAUGAUGAUAGGUGAAUCUUUACAACCUUUGGAUGACAUGAGAGUUCAUACUCCACAUCCGAUUAAUUUUAAUGAAUUAUACUGA